CUAGCUAGCUAGCUCGGCAGUGCCGGCACGCGCCCCGCCCCCUGGCCUAUAAAACGAGUCGUGUCGCCUUCCCCCCGAUACCUACCACUGGCUGCUAUUACAUCCUGCACCUGUAAACCUUUUCUAGCCAGCAAGCCAUGCCCGUCACCACAGAAGUGUGCAUUCAUCCUGCGCAGAGCCCGGUGCGGCAGCCCGAUAAGCACGGCCAGCAGCACUCUCCACUGGCUGAACAGGUCUGGCCCGACGGCGGCGAGCUCUCCCUCCGACCACCGAACCUCGCCACUGUCACGCGAAAGCAAGUGCAGGAAUAUUUCGAGAACACAUACAACUUGGAUGAGCUGCUCUUUACGGCUAUCACUGAUGAGAAGUACCUGUACAAGUGUCCUGAUCGUCUGAGACUCCCACUCAUCUUCUACCUGGCUCACCCUGCCACACUCUAUGUCAACAAACUACUGCUGGCCUCACUCAUAUCAGAGCGAGUCAACCCCACCUUUGAAGCUCUGUUUGAGACUGGAGUGGACGAGAUGUCGUGGGAUGACACUGAGAACUACCGAAUGGGAGGGGCCUUCCAGUGGCCAGGACUGAAGGAGGUGAUGGAGUAUCGUGAGACUGUGAGAGAGUUGGUGUGUGAUGUCAUCUCAUCGUCUCCUCUCUCCCUCCCUGUCUCCAUGGACAACCCCUGGUGGUCCGUGUUCAUGUCUCUGGAACAUGAAAGGAUACACCUGGAGACUUCGUCUGUGCUCAUACGACAACUCCCCGUCGACCACGUCAAGAAGCCGGCCAACUGGAAAUAUGCCCCACUCUCCAUGGAUUCCAGUGCAGGUGAGAAUGUGCUGGUGAAGGUUCCCGGUGGUCGAGUGACUGUUGGAAAACCUCGUGACUUCCCCUCCUAUGGCUGGGACAACGAGUACGGUCAGAUGGAAAUUGACGUUCCAGAGUUUGAGGCCAGUCAGUAUUUGGUGACUAACGGAGAAUUUCUGGAGUUUGUUGAGAGUGGAGGCUACCAGAACAAAGACCUCUGGACCCUGGAAGGUUGGAAGUGGGUGGAGUUUCGCUGUGCCCGUCACCCGACCUUCUGGGUGUGCAGUGAGGGAUGUAAGAGUGGCUGCGGUGCAGACCUGAGCACCUACUCCCACUGUAACCUCCAGCCUCCUCCUCCUCUCAAUGGAACCACUCACGGCAACACCUGC